AUCCACUUAUCACACGUGUACAUUGGCAGUAGGUCAAUCAAAAUUCCGAAAAUGAAUUAAAACACUUCAUAUCUUAAGAAGAGCUCCAUUAAUUCGGUUAAAUUUCUUCCGCAAUGCUUAUUUAUAAUGUUUACAAAUAGUGUAAUAAAAUUAUUAGUCGUUGUUUUAGUACUAAGACAGUGUGUGGCGUACUUUAAUGUUGAUAAACAAGAAGAAUGUUUUUGCCAAUUAUCCGGUAACAUCGAUGAAUGCACCUGUAAUAUUGAUACAGUGGAUCAUUUUAAUAAUAUCAAAGUUUACCCCAGGCUGAAGAGUUUGCUACUGAAAGAUUAUUUUAGGUUUUAUAAGGUAAAUUUAAAAAGACCAUGUCCGUUUUGGGUAGACGAUAGCAAAUGCGCUAUGAGAGACUGCCACGUGAAGCCUUGUCCUCCAGAGGAAAUUCCAGAAGGACUCAAAGGAAAUUCACACCAGAAAGUAGUACCUGUAGGUCCUCAUCCUAGUGACAAGUAUUCCAAGCAGCAAAACGAAGGCUGUGCAGCACAUCACAAUGAACUAGAUUACUUAAAUAAAACAAUUUCGGAAAAACUUCAAAAAGACAUGCAAUUGUGGGAAGCGUACGACGACGCCCUCGAUAAUUUUUGUGAUAUAGACAACAACGACGAAAACGCCGAAUAUGUCGAUUUGUUACUUAAUCCCGAGAGAUAUACAGGAUAUUCCGGUGAAUCAGCCCGCAGGAUAUGGAAGAGUAUAUAUUUAGAAAACUGCUUCAGGCCAAAAAAAUCUUUCAGUUUUAAUCCGUAUAUACAAAGCAACAAGUUGAAUGAACUUUGCUUAGAAGAGAGAGUUUUCUACAGAUCAAUAUCCGGUCUUCACGCCAGUAUCAAUGUCCAUCUGUGCUCGAAUUAUCUUCUUUCUAAAAACAACGGCUUCGGAGGACUGGGCAAACCGGAAGCGAAAUGGGGACCCAAUUUGGAAGAAUUCCAAAAGAGAUUCUCACCGGAAAAUACUAACGGAGAAGGACCGAAUUGGCUGAGAAAUUUGUAUUUUAUUUAUCUGGUAGAGUUAAGGGCUCUAGCAAAAGCGGCACCGUACUUAGAAAAAGAGGGGUAUUAUACAGGUGAUGAACAAAAUGACUGGGAUACGCGAAUGGCGAUGAAAGACCUCCUGAAAGUAAUCAAGUUGUUCCCGGAUCAUUUCGACGAGACUACGAUGUUCAGGAACAGUGAACAGGCGCGAAAACUGAAAUACGAAUUCAAACAACACUUCCGAAAUAUUACGAGAAUCAUGGACUGCGUCGGGUGCGACAAGUGCCGCUUAUGGGGCAAACUGCAGACCCAGGGGUUAGGCACUGCUUUGAAAAUACUCUUCAGUGGGCAAUUCGACGGGGUAGAAGGCAAGAGAACUUUAGACGCGCACAAUAAGAAAGAAUUCCAGCUACAGAGGAACGAGAUUGUAUCGCUAGUGAACGCGUUCGGCAGAUUAUCCAAUAGUUUGUACAAAAUAGACGAUUUUAGGCAAAUGCUCAGCAUGAGAUAACAUUUGAGCAAAAUUUGGAAGUGUAGUCAAUUUAAAAGAAGCUACGGUACAUUCUGGGAUACAGUAUUAGAAUAUUUGAAAGUGUUGCCAAAAUAUUUAUUAAAUUUAAAUACAAUAUG